AGGGGCAAAGGAGAAGGGAGAGAGGGAGAGCGUGCCAGACAGGAAGGAGCGCCCUAGAGUCUCCGAAGCACGAAAGAGAUAACCAAUUAGGAAUUUUUCGGGCAACUGUCACCCACCCCGAGAGCAGCCAGAGACUCACCAUCACCCCAACUCUGACGUUUCCUACAAGAAGUUAGAGACUUAAGCAGUACUGACAUCGGAGGGAAAUGGUAUGUUUGAUGCUGUGGAAAAUACCCCGGAGCUGAAGAAGUGCAACUGGAUGUUGUGUGUGCGUUAAAUACCAGAAGAGCUCAGACCCCGUGGGUAAUAGAGACUAAAUGUGGAGAGAAUGACUAACGACAAAUCUGUGAAUUUGUUCUCUGGAGUUGCUAAUUUGCCAGCCCGAAGCAACACAUUUUACAAGGAGGAAACGUUUUGCUGCUUCUGAUUUCUUCCCAAACUGGUGCUACCAGAUGCAUGGCUUUCUAUGUGCUGAAACAGCUCAUUUCUAACUGCAGCAUACCGGGAAAGGGGAAAGGUUGAGGCAACUAACUGGCUGUCUCCAAAUAAGUCAUGAGAUGUAAUGCAUCCUCCAGCCCAUGCACGCUUCCUCUUGCAAUUCGUGCAUCAUUCCUCAGUGGAAACCUUUAAACCCUAAAAUCCAGGAAAAGAAAAUAAAUACAUUAUCAUGGACCUGAGGGAUUUUUACCUGUUGGCUGCUCUGAUUGCCUGUUUAAGGCUGGAUUCCGCAAUAGCUCAAGAACUUAUUUACACUAUUAGAGAGGAAUUGCCUGAAAAUGUGCCCAUAGGAAACAUACCAAAGGAUCUGAACAUUUCUCACAUCAAUGCUGCCACAGGGACCAGCGCCAGCCUUGUCUACAGACUGGUUUCUAAAGCUGGGGAUGCCCCUUUGGUGAAAGUAUCUAGUAGCACUGGCGAAAUUUUCACAACCUCCAAUAGAAUAGACAGAGAAAAACUCUGUGCUGGAGCCUCUUACGAUGAGGAGAAUGAGUGUUUCUUUGAACUUGAGGUGGUGAUCCUCCCCAAUGAUUUUUUCAGGCUGAUCAAAAUUAAAAUAAUUGUCAAGGAUACCAAUGAUAAUGCCCCCAUGUUUCCAUCUCCUGUCAUCAAUAUUUCCAUCCCAGAAAACACUUUGAUCAACAGUCGCUUUCCAAUUCCAUCAGCAACAGAUCCUGACACAGGCUUCAAUGGUGUACAGCAUUAUGAAUUGUUAAAUGGGCAGAGUGUUUUUGGACUGGAUAUCGUGGAAACUCCGGAAGGAGAGAAGUGGCCGCAAUUGAUUGUUCAGCAAAACUUGGACAGAGAACAGAAAGAUACCUAUGUGAUGAAAAUCAAAGUAGAGGAUGGAGGCACUCCACAGAAAUCCAGCACAGCCAUACUGCAGGUCACAGUAAGUGAUGUAAAUGACAACAGGCCAGUGUUUAAAGAGGGUCAAGUGGAGGUGCAUAUUCCAGAGAAUGCUCCCGUAGGCACCUCUGUAAUUCAGCUCCAUGCCACUGAUGCAGAUAUAGGCAGUAAUGCUGAAAUCCGGUACGUUUUUGGUGCCCAGGUCGCCCCUGCAACCAAAAGACUCUUUGCUUUAAAUAAUACUACUGGGUUGAUUACAGUUCAGAGGUCCUUAGAUCGAGAGGAGACAGCCAUUCACAAAGUGACAGUGCUGGCUAGUGAUGGCAGCUCCACUCCCGCUCGAGCAACGGUUACCAUCAAUGUCACUGAUGUAAAUGAUAACCCUCCAAACAUAGACCUCAGGUACAUUAUAAGUCCCAUCAAUGGCACAGUGUAUUUGUCUGAGAAAGAUCCUGUCAAUACAAAGAUUGCCCUAAUUACAGUUUCAGAUAAGGACACAGAUGUGAAUGGCAAAGUGAUCUGUUUUAUUGAAAGAGAGGUCCCGUUUCAUUUGAAGGCAGUAUACGACAACCAAUAUUUGUUAGAGACGUCCUCUUUGUUGGACUAUGAGGGCACCAAAGAAUUCAGCUUUAAAAUUGUUGCCUCUGAUUCUGGGAAGCCCAGUUUAAAUCAGACUGCUCUGGUAAGGGUUAAGCUUGAGGACGAAAAUGACAACCCACCAAUUUUCAACCAGCCUGUAAUUGAGCUGUCAGUUACUGAAAACAACCGUCGUGGGUUGUACUUAACAACUAUUAGUGCCACAGAUGAAGACAGUGGGAAAAAUGCAGAUAUUGUUUAUCAGCUUGGACCGAAUGCCUCCUUCUUUGAUCUGGACCGAAAGACAGGAGUUUUGACAGCCUCCAGAGUCUUUGACAGAGAAGAACAAGAAAGAUUCAUUUUUACAGUAACUGCCAGGGACAAUGGGACCCCUCCCCUCCAAAGCCAAGCGGCUGUGAUAGUUACUGUUCUGGAUGAAAAUGACAAUAGCCCCAAGUUUACUCAUAAUCAUUUUCAAUUUUUUGUGUCUGAGAAUCUGCCAAAGUAUAGUACUGUGGGGGUAAUCACAGUGACAGAUGCAGAUGCUGGAGAGAAUAAAGCUGUGACUCUUUCCAUUCUAAAUGACAAUGAUAAUUUUGUGUUGGAUCCCUAUUCUGGAGUCAUAAAGUCAAAUGUCUCAUUUGACAGAGAGCAGCAGAGUUCCUACACUUUCGAUGUCAAAGCCACUGAUGGGGGGCAACCACCCCGUUCCUCUACUGCAAAAGUAACUAUAAAUGUCAUGGAUGUCAAUGACAAUAGUCCAGUUGUCAUUUCGCCACCUUCUAAUACUUCUUUUAAGUUGGUGCCUCUCUCAGCCAUUCCUGGCUCCGUGAUAGCAGAAGUUUUUGCCGUGGAUAUUGACACUGGGAUGAAUGCUGAACUUAAGUAUACAAUUGUGAGUGGGAACAACAAAGGCCUGUUUCGGAUUGAUCCAGUAACAGGUAACAUCACUCUGGAAGAAAAACCAGCACCUACUGAUGUGGGCUUGCACCGAUUGGUGGUCAACAUAAGUGACCUGGGAUACCCUAAGUCUCUGCACACGCUUGUGCUUGUUUUUCUUUAUGUUAAUGACACUGCUGGCAAUGCCUCCUAUAUCUAUGACUUGAUUCGCAGGACUAUGGAGACCCCAUUGGACAGGAACAUAGGCGAUAGCAGCCAACCCUAUCAAAACGAGGACUAUCUCACCAUCAUGAUCGCCAUUGUUGCAGGUGCCAUGGUGGUCAUCGUCGUGAUCUUCGUCACCGUUCUGGUGCGCUGUCGCCAUGCAUCAAGAUUCAAAGCAGCUCAGAGAAGCAAGCAAGGUGCCGAAUGGAUGUCCCCAAACCAGGAGAACAAACAAAACAAGAAAAAGAAAAGGAAGAAAAGAAAGUCUCCCAAGAGCUCUCUUUUGAACUUUGUUACCAUCGAAGAGUCCAAACCCGAUGAUGCAGUUCACGAACCCAUCAAUGGGACAAUAAGCCUGCCGGCUGAGCUGGAGGAGCAAAGCAUAGGUAGAUUUGACUGGGGUCCGGCACCUCCAACCACCUUCAAGCCGAACAGCCCUGACCUGGCCAAGCACUACAAAUCCGCUUCUCCACAGCCCGCUUUCCAUCUUAAACCAGACACUCCGGUUUCCGUGAAAAAGCAUCACGUGAUCCAGGAGCUCCCGUUGGACAACACCUUUGUCGGGGGUUGUGACACCCUUUCCAAACGCUCUUCCACUAGUUCAGAUCACUUCAGUGCCUCAGAGUGCAGUUCCCAAGGAGGCUUCAAGACAAAGGGCCCCUUACACACCAGACAGUGUAACUCACACAGCAAAAGUGACAAUAUUCCUGUCACUCCUCAGAAAUGUCCCAGCUCUGCGGGUUUCCACAUUCAGGAGAAAGAAGAAAGCCAUUACGAGUCGCAGCGCCGGGUUACCUUUCAUCUCCCUGAUGGCUCCCAGGAAAGCUGCAGUGACAGUGGUCUAGGAGACCACGAGCCGGUGGGUAGUGGAACCCUGAUCUCACACCCUCUUCCUCUGGUUCAGCCACAGGACGAAUUCUACGACCAGGCCUCUCCAGACAAGAGGACUGAAGCAGAUGGCAACUCUGAUCCCAACUCUGAUGGGCCUCUGGGCCCCCGAGGAUUAGCUGAAGCUACAGAGAUGUGCACUCAAGAGUGCUUGGUUUUGGGUCACUCUGAUAACUGCUGGAUGCCUCCUGGCUUGGGUCCAUAUCAACACCCUAAAUCACCUCUCUCAACCUUUGCACCCCAGAAAGAAUGGGUCAAGAAGGACAAGCUUGUGAAUGGGCACACCCUGACCAGAGCCUGGAAAGAAGAUAGCAACAGGAACCAGUUCAAUGACCGUAAGCAGUAUGGUUCCACCGAAGGCCAUUUCAACAAUGGCAGCCACAUGAUAGACAUUCCUCUGGCAAAUCUGAAGUCUUAUAAGCAAGCAGGAGGUGCUAUUGAGAGUCCUAAGGAGCACCAACUCUAA